AUGAGUAUUUGUAAAGGUGUCGACUGUAAUCAGGUGGCUUUAUCUCUUCAAUGUCCUGUAUGUUUAAAACUUGGUAUUCAAGGGUCUUUUUUUUGUUCUCAAGAUUGUUUUAAAAAAAAUUGGAGUUUUCAUAAAGAGAUACAUAGUUCGGGAAACUGUGUUUUUAAUUCAUCUUCUAAUUUAACAUAUGAUCCCUUUCCAAAUUUUGCUUAUACAGGGACUUUAAGGGCAUGUUAUCCUCUUUCUCCCCGUAGAAAGGUACCUCUUAAUAUUAAAUUACCAGAUUAUGCAGAGGAUGGGAUUCCUCGAAGUGAGCAGGCACAAUCUCGAAGUUUUAAAGCAAUGAUUCUUACAAAAGAGGAGCAACAAGGCAUGCGGAAAGUCUGCAAACUUGCUCGAGAAGUUCUUGAUAUUGCAGCAGCUGCUUUAAGACCAGGAAUAACAACUGAUGAAAUUGAUGAAAUUGUUCAUAUGGCAUGUAUUGAAAGGGAUUCUUAUCCAAGUCCUUUGAAUUAUUAUAAUUUUCCUAAAAGUGUUUGUACAUCUGUAAAUGAGACGAUUUGUCAUGGCAUACCUGAUAAAUAUGUUUUAAAAGAUGGUGAUAUUGUUAAUUUAGAUGUUACAUUAUAUCAUGGAGGUUUCCAUGGGGACUUAAAUGAGACUUAUUAUGUUGGAGAAAAGGCGAAGCAAGAUGCAGAUAGUGUUAGAGUUGUUGAGACAGCUCGCGAAUGUUUAGAACGUGCAAUAAAAAUUGUUAAACCGGGUACUUUGUUUCGUGAUAUUGGUUCUGUAAUAGAGGGUUAUGCGAAAUCAAGAAAUUGUUCAACUGUUAGAACUUAUUGUGGUCAUGGGAUAAAUAAAUUGUUUCAUUGUUUUCCGGAAAUACCUCAUUAUGCAAAAAAUAAAGCCGUAGGAAUUGCAAAACCAGGAAUGUGUUUUACUAUUGAGCCAAUGAUUUCCCUUGGAUCUCACGAAUAUUUUAAAAAUCUGGUAUUUACUUUGGUGGGCCUGAUAAUUGGACAUCUACAACUAGUGAUGGGAAACGAAGCGCGCAAUUCGCAUACUUUGCUUGUAACUGAAAAUGGAGUUGAAGUUCUUACCGCCCGAAAUGAAAAUUCUCCUGGCGGUCCUAUUCCACUAUUAGAUGCUAAAUAA